AUGCGCACCAUAGAUGAGGACGAAACGGGCGAUCGGACACAUCCAUCGACGUCAGAAGUCCAAAGGGAGGAAGAGGAAGGACCCACGAUGCCAACCCAUAUGUCGCCCCCUCCACAGCAACAACAGCAGCAACAGUCCCAUGAAAUCCAGACACUGCUGGUGACGUCACCGCAGAGCUCGGUGCCACCGCGCAUCACGGACUCGCGCAUCCACGUGCAGGCCCGCUACGGACAGCCCGUGGAGCUGCCGUGUGCCGCCCAGGGCUUUCCGCUGCCCUCCUACACGUGGUUCCGUAGCGUGCGCGGGCGGAGCGCGGCCGUGCCGCCGCCGGGCCAGAGCCGCGUGCGGCAGGUGGGCGGCAGCCUGUACGUGGGCGGCGCCCUGCUGGGAGACUCGGGCCGCUACGUCUGCGUAGUCAACAACUCGGUGGGCGCCGAGCGCGCUUCCACCGCGCUGCUCAUCACCACGCCGCUAUCAGCAUAUGUGGUGCCACAGCAGCAGACGGUGGAUGUGGGCCAGACUACAGAGCUUAAUUGCUCCACAGAGGGCUAUCCUCAGCUGGCCAUCUCUUGGCUCAAGGAUGGCCAGCCACUGCACACCUCCAGCAGAGUGGAGCUGGUCACCCCACAGACGCUGCGCAUAGUGCAGGUGGAGCACUCGGACAGGGGCAUGUACCAGUGCAUCGUGUCCAACAACGAGGAGACGGCCCAGGGCACCGCGGAGAUCAGUCUGGGAGACGCGGCGCCCGUGCUCGUGUCGACGUUCCGCAGUGCCGUGGUGCGCCCCGGCGAUGCCUGGUCGGCGCAGUGCGAGGCGGCCGGCUCUCCGCUGCCCUCCGUGUCGUGGCUGUUCGACAGCCGUCCGCUCACCUCAGAGGACCACGUACAGGUGCGUGUGAAUGCCAAACACAGGGAGGACCGGCGCGAGACGGCGUGA